AUGGCAAGUUCGCAGCAUGGGCAAGGCAAGCAUCGGCACGGGCAUCAUCAGCACUUUAGAGACCAUAGACACGGUCCCUCUCCGCACGAGCGGCCUCAUUGGGAGGGGCAGCAUGUGCCUCUUGGCCCCGUCUUCGAUUCGCUGCCCUAUCGAGUCCAACAAGGUGAUAUACAGAUGCCCGACGGCCGGCUGACCAAGUCUUCGUCUCAUCGAAGCCGUCAACCGUCUGAGGAUAUGCGCGUUCGCGAGCGACCGUCCCAGUCCCAGGCUGUGGCUGCCCGCGCCUCGGGCACCGUCUCGCAUCGGAGGGGCAACGACAAAACCAAAAUCAGGGACAACCGUGAACACAACGAGCGUCGCCCGAGACCAAGAUCCAGGUCAACCUCAACUUCAUCGUCGAGAUCAACGUCGAGAUCAACGUCUAGGUCAACUUCAAGGUCGACAUCGUCGCAGUCAAGAUCGAGGUCGAGGUCGAGUUCAGCGAGUCGCAGUCGCAGUCGCAGUCGUAGCCACAGUCGUAGUGCAUCGGGAUUGGCGACACCGAAAUCGGCCCACGCGACUGAACCUCGCCGGCAUCACCGCCGCAAGAGGGAAACAGAGCAGGUCAUAUAUGAGGUUGACCAUGAUAACAAAACGAGAUACGUUGAGUCGGUACGCCAGGGCAAGACUCCCUCUCGGGCAAGACAUAGGCAUCAAUCGGAUUCGCGAAGUAGCUCUCAAAGACGGCAUCAUCGGCGCGAUCGUCGAAAUGAUGCCCCUCCACCUUCGUCUUCUAAGCGGUAUGUGGACUCGAGGCCCAUCAUGCUCGGUUUAAAGAAGUUCUACGAGUCCGAUUAUAUCAUUCCCGAAAAGGUUCCCCUACAGCGAUCUCAGACCACAUCAGGUUCCCAUGUGACUUCGUCUCAUAGCAUGAGCUCUUCGUCUAAACGUUCCAGCCUUCUUGGCAGUUUCUUUAGCUCAGCAAGCCGUCCGCAUCACACUGAAAAAUCUGACAAGAUGGUCGAAUGUCUCAUCUGUAUGGAGGAGAUGCCUUCCCACAAGACGGCGAAACUUAAAUGUGAACACCGGAUGUGCAAUCAUUGCUUGAAGCGAAGUUUCAGAUUAUCUAUCAAAGACCCCCAGUCUAUGCCCCCAAAGUGUUGCGGGGAGGACCAUAUCCCGUUGAAGCAUGUCGAUCGUCUCUUCGAUACCAACUUCAAGAGGAUGUGGAACCAGAAAUUUGCCGAGUACUCGACUCGAAAUCGUAUUUACUGCCCGGGAAAACGGUGCGGAGAAUGGGUCAAGCCCGAGAGAAUUAAGAAGACCCCAGAUGGCCGCAAAGCCACCUGUGGUAAUUGCAGACUUGAGAUUUGUGUACUUUGCAACGGCAAAUGGCAUGGAAGGAAGCCGUGCCCCAGGGACGAAGAGACGAUCCGGAUCCUCCAAAAGGCCAAGGAAGAGGGUUGGCAGCGUUGCUACAACUGCAGACAACUGGUCGAGUUGAAAGAGGGGUGCAACCACAUGACUUGUCGCUGCGGGGCCGAGUUUUGCAUGAUUUGUGGUUUGAAAUGGAAAUCGUGCGAAUGCCCCUGGUUUAAUUACGAUGCCGUCGAGCAAGACAGACUCGAACAUGUGCAGGUGCCAAUGCAGGUUCGAACGGACCGGGACCGCCUGGGAAGAGGAGCCCCAGAGGCUUUUCGAGACUUCCGAGCGGCAGCUCCAUCGGGACAAAAUCUUCGAGCGCGACCUCAGAACUACGAAGAAGAAAUAUCGAUGCGCCGAAUUCAGGAGCAGCAUGACGAAAAUCUCGCUCGAAGAAUGCAGUACGGCGACUUGAGCGACGGCGACGAUUAUGCUGGUGGCAUCGGUGACGUUGUCGGCAUCGGCAACUCAGCGGGCCACUUCAUGAAUGACAGCUACCGACGGCCACCGCAGACUUAUAUCUCACCACCAGAGCCUCCACCUCCACCACCACCACUACCACCGGCUUUCGAAAGGGCCAACACGACGGACUACGUUUCGGGCGUGAAUAGGGCACGAGGAGUACGAGGCUCGUCGGUGGAGCGACGCGUACGCGGGUCAUCCAUGGAACGACGUUUGGCCGACAGGUUCUCAGAACAGCGUCAAGGCACAAGUCCAACCCAUCGGGCUUUUCAUCCACACCAACACCCACCACCACCACCACCUCCUCCUCCUCCUCUACCUUCUGCCCCUCAUAUGGCAAGGGGACCAGCAGCAGCAACAGCGCCACCGCACGUGUCGUUGCCUAGGAGGCACACGAUGGAGGAUGACAUAUAUAACAGCCCAAGAGCCAUGCGACCCUCGGACAGAGCCGUGCCACGAAGGGUUCAAACCGAGUAUAUGGUUGAUGAUCCAGUACACUCCCCUUCAAUGCGGAGACGGCAUCAGGAGCGACCGCCAGAACCGCCCAAGGAUUCGGUGCUCGCUGGUUUAGUGGGCCAGGGCCGCGGGAUGAACCGCGUAUUUGAAUGGAGGACUCAUAGAACAAUGCUCCUCCUCCACCAAGUGGGCAGCGUCAAGAUCGGUGAAGUGAUCCGGUACACUGUGACAUACACUCCCUCGGCCGACCGCAUCCUCCCAUCGCCCGAAAUCCUGCACCUGCGCAUUCGCAAUACAUCCGCCGUUGCCCUCCGCGCCGCCUUUGUCCACGGCCCCUACUCGCUCGACGUGGCCGCGUACCCAGCACAUUUUGACCCGAACCAGAAAUUCGAAAACCCGCACCGUUAUGGCGUCCCCGAGUUCGAGCCCAUGCUCAAGGCGGGCGGCACCUGGACCUGCAAGCUUAUAGUCCCCGAUGAUAUACGUCAGAGCGCAGGGCUGGGCGUGUCGCGGAGUGAUUUCGGGGCCACACAAGAAGACGGAGAGGCGAGCGCGAAAUGGGUCAUCGAGGUCGCCAGCCAGGUCAUAUUCUCAAGCUCGGCUUCCGUCGGGUAUGAGAUCCUGCUUGCCAGGGAUGAGAAGAGCUUCAAUCUGGGCACCACACUCGUCAUAGGGGGCCAGGCACAAGUUCCUCAGCCAGGAAAAGUCAGCGACCAUCAGCAGAGUGUGGGUGCCAAGGACGGGCACCACUCGGCCCAGCCGAGGGGAGUGUUUUCGAGGGCUGUCAAGCUCAAGGUCGAAGAUACGGCCAGUCUAUGGAAUACGCCUCGGCUGCCGGGCUGGGAUGACUGGGAUCAUGGAAGAUCGCAGGAGGUGGCCACGAGGAGCGUCACGCGGUCCAAGAGCGCCAGCAGUCGGAAAAACAAAGAUGGAGAGAGCGACAAGAAGAAGACGAAGACGAAGAGGCAAAAGGUGCACUUGGUCGUGCUGACACAUGGAUUGCAUAGUAAUCUAGGUGCUGAUAUGCUCUAUUUGAAGCAGAGCAUCGAUGCCACUGUACGGCAGGCCAAGAUUGAUGCCAAAGUGCGGAGGGCUCGGGAGAAGGCCGAACGGGAUGUGAGGCGGAAAGGCGGCGCACCUGAGACGACCCCAGUCCAAGAAUCAGCCACAGCCGAUGCAAGUUCCUCUCAGGAUGCAGAGGAGGAACAGGAGGAACAGGAGGAACAGGAGGAAGAAGUGGAAGAGUAUGACGAUGAGGAGGUCAUAGUGCGCGGCUUCUCGGGGAAUACGACUCGAACGGAAAGGGGCAUCAAGUUCUUAGGCAAGCGGCUAGCCCGUUUUAUUUUGUCCUUGACCUACCCGGACCAGCCUUUUCUCCCCUCCGUGAAGACGACAGCCGAGAGCAUCGCCACCGUUUUCGCAUCAGAAACAAAAUCCCCAGACGGGAAAUUCGCUCACAAGCACAGUACGAUUCACCAUGGCGAUCAUGAAGAGGAUCGGGCGUAUCAGAUCACUAGCAUCAGCUUUAUCGGCCACUCGCUGGGCGGGCUGGUACAAAUGUACGCGAUUGCAUAUAUACAGAAGCACUCGCCCCAAUUCUUCGACAUGAUUAAGCCCAUCAAUUUCAUUACUUUGGCAUCGCCUUUACUGGGGUUGAGCAAUGAGAACCCUCUUUACGUCAAGUUUGCUUUGGAUUUUGGCCUCGUUGGAAGGACCGGGCAGGAUCUGGGACUCACCUGGAGGGCGCCAACUAUCGCCAGGAGUGGCUGGAGCGCCAUUGUUGGCACGCUUGGAGAAAGUGCACAUAAGAAGGUCAUGGGGGAGGUUCAACCCGAGUCCAAACCUUUACUUCGGAUUCUGCCCACAGGUCCGGCUCACGUGGCGCUCAAAAAGUUCCGCAAUCGAACAGUAUAUUCGAACGUGGUCAAUGACGGCAUUGUGCCACUACGCACAAGUUGUCUCUUAUUCCUGGAUUGGCAGGGCCUAGGACGGGUGGAGAAGGCUCGUCGAGAAGCUGGUCUGGUUGAGAGCGUUAUUGGCUUUGGGUGGGCUGAGCUUACGGGCGCCAACGUCACGUCGCCCCGGAGGUUACCUUGGACUUCGGAAGGAACAGGAGCACUGCCGGUACCGACUGUCUCGCCUGAGACAGAGAUGGAGCAGGAGGACGCUCGGGCGGUACCGCAGCCCCCUAUUGAUGCAACUGAGCAGGAUGAGAGGCAGAGUAUAAAUCUGGCAAGCCCUUAUCAAGAGGACGACCAGCUUCACAAUUCGGAAACUGACAAUGACGGUCCGUUUUCUGGGUUUUGGAACUUCUUCAAAUCUGGCGAUUCGCAAAAAAGCCCUAGCCAGAGUGCCGCGAAACCAGUUCCGCCACCACCACGGUCCCCUCGACAGAGCGUGCCUAAGCAGACCAAAAUCUACCAACGGAGCCAAACGCUGAAGGUAGAUGACGGGAUUUCGAGCUCGGCUUCUUCCAGCAAAUCCAAAGUGACGUCUGGACAUGAGUUGAGCGAUGAUCAAACAACGGGGGUGUCUGCUCCUCCCAGGACAACUUUCUUCGAAUCGGCGGGCGAUUUAUUAAAUCCCAAGUUGCCAACAGUGGAUUACCUUAUUGACCCGACGCACCGGCCUCGAACCAUCUUCCAUGACCGCAUCUACCAGCCGUCUGACAUCCCACCACCUCCCCUCAAGAAACGACCUGUCGGGUCCCUUGCCAAUCGUCGAAGGUCUUUCGGACGCCAGGGCUCGGGUGCCUUGUCGCUCAAAUCAAUGAAGCGCGAGACGGCCCAGAGUGGCUCUUCGUCGCCAUACCCUGGCGUCAUGCACGAGGACUCAGGCCUCUCGACAAAGGACUAUGAUGACCCGGUCAACACGAACCCGGAUCGGGACCCCAGUGAAAUUGUGGACAGCUCCACCAUGCGUGUCGAGGAGAAGAUUGCGCGAGCCUACCAUAAGGGGCUAAGCUGGCGCAAGGUUCUGGUGAAGCUCGAGCCGGACGCGCACAACAACAUCAUCGUGCGGCGCAUGUUUGCCAACGCACACGGCGAUGCUGCCGCGGCGAGGAAACCCGACGAUGACGAAUCGACCAAAGAGCGCGCAAAGGCCAUGAACGAGCCGCCUGAUGCGACAGGCGCUGAGACAACGACGCAAGAUCACUCAGAACACCAGCCGAUGAACGCUCGCUCGCCUUCCGCCAUCGAUGGGCAAAAGGGGGACAAAGAGCAUCACCUUAGUUUGCCUGCCGCUCUUAAACCAUUGCCGUCAGACCAGGCGAGAAGCGAGACGCCUAUCGAGACGAGGGAGGCGCGAGAAGCCGAAGACGCCGUGCCAGAGCUCCCCGAGACUGCACCCACGCUCCGCCACAGCUCCUACGAACAAGCGUCGCACUCGUCGGGAUCGUCGCCGCCGCGGCCGAGCUACGAUAGGCUCGACUCGGUCACGUGGAGCGACCGCGACUGGGCCGAUAGCGGGGAUGACAGCGACGGCGACGCGGAUCUGGCUUACGGGGGGGGCCCCGGAGAAAGUCGCAUGAGGAUAAGGGGAAGGAGGUUCCGCAGAGGACGGGGAGCCCCGUUUGGAACUGGACUGAAAAGAUUAUACAAAAAGCAUUUACGUCAGGGUAUAUGA